AUGUCUUCAUUAGUUGUUGAUUCUAAUGCCCCCGAGCUUAUUAGUGCCGUUUUGGACUAUCUGGGCCGAAACGGCUACGACAACGCAGCCAAAGAGUUUGGUGGGAAAGCCAAACUUGUUUAUAAGAAAAAUUCGCACAAAGGUGCUUCCUUAGAAACUAUCUUUUUUUCUUGGAAAAAGGAUGAACCUAAGGAUGAUAGCUCUGUAACAGCUGGUGAGAGUUCUGUUGAGGGCAAAGAAAGCUCUGACUCUAGCUCUGAUUCCUCUUCUUCUGAUUCUUCUUCUGAUUCCUCCUCAGAAUCUAGCUCUGAUGAAGAUGGCGAUGUUGAGAUGAAGGACGCUGAGGAAGAGAAGAAGGAAGAGUCGAGUUCUGACAGUGACAGCUCUGAUAGCUCCGAUAGCUCCGAUUCUGAUAGCUCCGAUUCUGAUUCUGACAGCGAUGAUGAAGAAAUGAAGGAUGAUGAAAAGGAAAAGGAAAAGGAAAAGGAAACUAAGAAGGAGGAAUCCAGCUCUGACAGCGACAGCGACAGCGACAGCGACAGCGACAGCGACAGCGACAGCGACAGCGACAGCGACAGCGACAGCGACAGCGACAGCGACAGCGACAGUGAUGAUGAGGAAGAAAAGAAGGCUGAAUCUAGUUCUGACAGCUCUAGUUCGGACAGUGAUGAUGAUGAGAAGAAGGAAGAGAAGAAGAGCGAGUCUAGUUCUGACAACUCUAGCUCCGAUAGCUCCAGCUCCGAUUCUGAUUCUGAUUCUGACUCUGAUUCCGAUUCCGAUAGUGACGAUGAAAAAGAAGACAAAAAAGAAUCUAGCUCUAGCGGCUCUAGCUCUAGUUCCAGCUCUAGUUCCAGCUCUGAUAGCUCCAGCUCUGAUAGCUCCAGCUCCGAUAGCUCCAGCUCUAGCUCCAGCUCUAGCUCUGAUUCUGACUCUGAUUCUGACUCUUCCUCUUCAUCUGAUUCUGAUUCUGAUUCUGAUUCUGAUUCUGAUUCUGAUUCUGAUUCUGAUUCUGAUUCUGAUUCUGAUAACGAAAGUGAAAAGAAAGAAAAGGAAAAUAAAAAAGAAGAUUCUGGCUCUGAAAGCUCUAGCUCUGAAGACGAUAAAAAGCCAAAAGAGAAUGAAGAGAAGAAGUCUGAAUCGGGCUCCGAUAGCGACAGCUCUGACAGCGACAGCUCUGACAGCGAUAGCUCUGACAGCGAUAGCUCUGACAGCGAUAGCUCUGACAGUGAUGAUGAGGAGGAAAAGAAGGAAGAAAAGAAGGCUGAAUCUAGCUCUGACAGCGACAGCUCUGAUAGCGACAGCUCUGACAGCGACAGUGAUGAGGAGGAGGAAAAGAAGGAAGAAAAGAAGGCUGAAUCUAGUUCUGAUAGCGACAGCUCUGAUAGCGACAGCUCUGAUAGCGACAGCUCUGAUAGCGACAGCUCUGAUAGCGACAGCUCUGAUAGCGACAGCUCUGAUAGCGACAGCUCUGAUAGCGACAGCUCUGACAGCGAUAGUGACAGUGAUGAUGAGGAUGAAAAGAAGGAAGAAAAGAAGGCUGAAUCUAGUUCUGAUAGCGACAGCUCUGAUAGCGACAGCUCAGACAGCGAAAGUGAUGAUGAGGAUGAAAAUGAAAAGAAGGUUGAAUCUAGCUCUGAAAGCUCUAGUUCCGACAACGAUAAUAAAGAAAACAAGAAAGAAGAAUCAAGCUCUAGUUCCGAUAGCUCUGAUAGUUCUGACAGUUCCGAUAGCUCCGAUAGCUCCGAUAGCUCUGAUAGCUCUGACGAUUCUGACUCAGACUCGGGCUCUGAUUCUGAUUCUGACAGUUCGGAUGACGAGAGCGAGGGCAAGAGCACAAGUAGUGAAGAAUCAUCUAAGGAGUCUGUCGAGGAACCUGUUUCCAAGAAGCGAUCCAACGAGGAGGAUUCUAGCUCUGCUGAGCCUGAGACCAAGAAGGCCAAGACCGAAGAGCACAACAACAAUGAGCGCCGCUACUUUUCGCGCAUUGACCGGAGCAAGGUUGCAUUUGAUAAUGACAUUUUGAAAGACAAUACCUACAAGGGAGCCGCUGGUACAUGGGGCGAGAAGGCCAACGACAAGCUUAGCAAGGUUCGUGGCAAGGAUUUUACCAAAAACAAGAAUAAGAUGAAGAAGGGUAGCUACCGUGGUGGAACCAUCACGAUGGCAUCAGGAAGCUUCAAGUUUACUGAUUAA